AUCAAAAUGGCGGAAAGCCGAGCUCACUUGGCAGGGUUAAGAAUUUGAAACUCAUGCACUUCUGCGCUCUCUUUUCACUCUCUCUUACCAUAAAAUAGACGUGUUUAUACAUACUUUAUUUCGGUGCGGAAUGUUUGGGGUAUUGGUUGGCCAAAGUAUUAAAGCUGAGGUGAUCACAAAGUAACAGCUCUAAAGAAAUAUCCGUCGAAGGAGUGAGGAAGUAACUAGGAUGUCUGGCCACUAUGUUCAGCUUUGUCCAAAUCCUCUCCGGUUUGAGCCUGUCACCAAAGAAAACAGUGUAUUUUUUGACGAAGCAAACCGGCAGGUCUUCUCUGUUACCUCUGUGGAUGGAAAAACCCGUGUUGUAGUCAGAGGUCCUGAUCUGAAGUCUUUUGUCAUCUUCGACAUACCAACAAUGGGAUACGUGCAGUCCAUUAAAUUCUCUUAUGACCGCAAGAUAUUAGCAAUCCAGAGAUCUAUAAAAGUUGUGGAGUUCAUUAACUUUGCUGAUGGAAUUGAUAGCCAGCAGUAUAGCCAGACAUGUAAGAGCAAGUCUGCCCAUGUUAUUGGUUUCAACUGGACAAAUUUGAAUGAAAUUGUCUUUAUUACAAACCAAGGUCUAGAAUUUUAUCAGGUAUUACCAGAAAAGCGUAGCCUAAAGAUGAUUAAGAACUACAGUGUGCAAGUCAACUGGUUUGUCUUCCUGCCUGAGAGUGCUGUUCUUCUUUUGUCUUCCUCGGGCCUUGGAAAUGUUAUUCAUCCAUAUCACUUCAGGGCAGGGUCUGUCAUGAGGUUACCAAAGUUUGAGGUAGAUAUCCCUGCAGCCUCCAAAGCUCAGAAAGUUCAACUGUUGGAAAGGGAUGUCACUCUUGCAAACAUAGAUGGCCAGCUCUAUGUGGUAAUUCUCAGAAACCAGCAGAGAAGUCAAACCACAGGACCAGUUGGUGCAGAGAUUGUUCUGUACCAGCUACAGCGAGAUAUCCCAGCCAAGAAGGCAGCUGUUCUUCAACUGAACAUGAUUGGAAGAUUUGCAGUCAAUGUUGUGGAUAACCUUGUUAUUGUCCAUCAUCAAGCUUCAAAGACAUCUAUGUUGUUUGAUAUUCGACUUGGGGGAGAUUUUGAUGGACAGAUCACAUACUUUCAACCAGUACUAGCACCUCUGCCACUUGAACAAGCAGUUUUUGAAGCAGAAGAGAAAGAUUCUACUGGUGCAGUUAAAAAGAAGAGGGUACUUUGUGAAAUGUACUCUCAAAACUGGAUUGUGUUUCAACCAAACAUCAUCAUAGAUGCUAAACUUGGUUGUUUGUGGGAGGUUAUGAUAAAGCUGGAGCCCUUGGUUGCCAUGAUUGGUGACAAGGGCUUGUUGAUUGACUUCCUACUUCUAAGGAAAGAAAGCAAAAUGGUCAUUUUAACAGUUUUCAAACAAGCUUUAACUCCAGGGAGACAGAGCAGCCUUCCAGUCAUAGCUCGUAUGUUUGACAAGGUGAACUUGGCUUACAGAAGUUAUGCACUGGAAGCUGAACAAAAUGCACAACAGUCAAGUGAUGCUUCCAAGGGUCAGUCUCCCCAAAAACAAGUCUCUAGGUGCCAGACAGUUGUCAGUCAAGAAGACAUGUAUUCCCAUGUGCUUUCUACAUUUGUGGAGAGUAAGAAAGUAAAGUAUAAAUUCAUGGUUGCUGUGUUGGUGGAGUAUAUUCGAUCUCUGAAUCAGUUUGAGAUUGAGGUAGAGCACUAUCUUUAUGAGCUGAUCAUAAAUCUUCUGGUACACAACAAGCGUUUCUACCAACUGCAUCAGUUCCUGCAAUACCAUGUCAUCAGUGACUCUAAACCUCUGGCGUGUCUCAUGUUGUCCCUGGAGAGUACCUACCCUCCCACAUACCAACUGGCCUUGGAUAUGCUGAAGAGACUUAACACAGCCAAUGAAGAAAUCAUUGAGGUUCUUCUCUCAAAACGUCAGCUGUUGCCUGCCUUGCGCUAUGUGCGUGCUAUAGGUGCAGAAGACUCUAUAUCACCCCGAAAGUUCUUAGAGGUUGCUUCAAAUCCUGAGGAUUCCAUGCUUUUCUACACUGUAUACAAGUUUUUUGAACAACGUAACAUGCGGCUUCGUGGAAGCCCUGACUUUGCUCCAGGGGAACACUGUGAUAUGUAUGUUAAGAGAUUUGAGAGCCGUUUUGGGUCAAAUCGGAAUGCACAAUUCAGCAGUAAUGGAGGAAUCAACUGAAGAAGGUGGCAGCAGUAUAAGAGACAAGCAUUAAAUGAGAUGAAGUGUGGGGAGUAAAGCCAAAGAUAGAACAAGUUUCCUGUGCAUCAAUGUCCCCAGCGUGAGUUUAAUGACUUGGCAGAAGGUUGUACUUGUGCAUGAGUGGAUCAUAUCCGGAAUGUACUGUACAGUGUCAAGAUUACAAGGUGGACCAUAGCUCCGAUGUAGAAAAGAAAGUUUCAGACUCUUGGCUUAUGGACUCAAGAGGAAUAAUGUGUGAACUAAAAAACGAACAGAUGGCAGAGUUUAAGUUGCCAUGGCAACUGAAUUUGCAGCAGAAGUUGCUGAUCUGGCACAAGUAUUCAGCCAUCAGGUUGAAAGCUGAAAGGUUUUCUUCUUUUUUUGUAAGUUAAUAUAGUUUCAAGGCCUACAAUUAAAGUAGGAAAGGUAUUUGUCAUUUUCAUCUGAAAAAACUUUGCUUCUUACCCUAGUUUUACAACUUUAAUUACUCCAAAGAUAAGGGAUGUGGUCAUGGGUUUAGUCUGCCAUGUCAAUUUGCAUGUGUCUAUAUUUUCUGACGAUGAGUCACUAAAUGACAACUUUUACAAACAGCUAAGCUUGGGCCAAAGGGGAGGUAGGGCUUGAGAUAGGAGGAACCUGUCAUUCCUGUCUCACUCCUCUUUCAUCCUCUGUUAUUUAUUUGCCUACCAAAAUUGUAAGCCUAUAGUAAGCUGGGAUAUAAAGAUCAUCAAUUGAACAACUUUAAUUCUUUUCACUCUUAGUCUUUCUCAACAAACCUUUUAAGUUUUCUCUCACUGUUUCUUAUAUUACAAAUUGAAGAAUUUUAUAUUGUAUAUAACUGUGAAUUGAACUCUGUGAUUGUGCCCCAUAAAAUAAAAAAUUACAGAGAGGAGUUUCACAUGUCUUUGUAUUAUCGUCAAAUAAUUUUCUUUUGACAUACUGAAGUUUUAUUAAC